UCUUUCAGAAAAUGUUCAUCGUACUCAUCGUUCUGGCAAUAAUGCCUUAUAUGAGGCCUUGGGGGUAGUUCAAGAUGAGAAUAGUGUUUACUUCGGUUGGUGGCCUCACAGAGAAGAAGAAUACAAAGUUUGGAGACAGACAAAUAAUGAGGAGGAAUUAAGAAGGUUAAGGGCGGAGGAAAGAAGAAGGGAGGGAAAUAAUAGUAAUAGGAAUAGAAUGUCAG